CGGGAGCCUGGGGUGAGGGAGUGAGGGAGCGAAAGGUGAGCUAAGCCGAAGGAGGGGACGCGCUGCGGGGCGCCCCCAGUCUAUGGAGCGGGGUAAGAUGGCGGAGGCGGAGAGCCUGGAGACAGCGGCAGAGCACGAGCGGAUCCUGCGGGAGAUCGAGAGCACCGACACGGCCUGCAUCGGGCCCACGCUCAGGUCUGUCUAUGAUGGUGAGGAACAUGGACGAUUCAUGGAGAAGCUCGAGACUCGCAUCCGCAACCAUGACCGAGAAAUUGAGAAGAUGUGCAACUUUCAUUACCAGGGCUUUGUGGACUCUAUAACUGAACUCCUCAAAGUGAGAGGAGAAGCCCAGAAACUCAAAAAUCAAGUGACGGAUACUAAUAGAAAACUUCAACAUGAGGGAAAGGAACUGGUAAUAGCAAUGGAAGAGCUGAAGCAGUGUCGGCUACAACAGAGAAAUAUUUCUGCCACUGUUGAUAAAUUAAUGCUGUGUCUUCCAGUCCUAGAGAUGUACAGUAAACUGAGGGACCAGAUGAAAACCAAAAGGCAUUAUCCUGCACUUAAAACCCUGGAGCAUCUGGAACAUACCUAUCUGCCUCAAGUAAGCCACUAUCGAUUCUGCAAAGUGAUGGUGGACAAUAUCCCCAAGCUGCGAGAAGAAAUCAAGGAUGUUUCCAUGUCUGAUCUCAAAGAUUUUCUGGAGAGCAUCCGUAAACAUUCAGACAAGAUUGGAGAGACAGCCAUGAAGCAGGCCCAACAACAAAGAAACCUGGAUAACGUUAUCUUGCAACAACCCAGAAUAGGUAGCAAGAGAAAAUCUAAGAAAGAAGCAUAUACAAUCUUUGAUACAGAGAUAGAAAGCACCAGCCCCAAGUCUGAACAGGAUUCAGGAAUUCUGGAUGUUGAAGAUGAAGAAGAUGAUGAAGAGGUACCUGGGGCCCAAGAUUUGGUGGAUUUCUCUCCUGUUUAUCGAUGUCUACAUAUAUAUACUGUCCUGGGUGCACGGGAAACAUUUGAAAACUACUACCGAAAGCAGAGGCGAAAACAAGCUCGUCUGGUACUCCAGCCUCCAUCUAACAUGCAUGAAACUUUAGAUGGCUACCGAAAGUAUUUUAAUCAAAUUGUAGGUUUUUUUGUGGUUGAAGAUCAUAUUUUACAUACAACCCAAGGCUUAGUAAAUAGAGCCUACAUUGAUGAAUUGUGGGAAAUGGCACUUUCAAAAACCAUCGCAGCACUUCGUACACACUCGUCUUACUGCUCUGACCCAAACCUUGUGUUAGACUUGAAGAACCUCAUCGUGCUUUUUGCCGAUACACUUCAGGUGUAUGGUUUUCCUGUAAAUCAGCUUUUUGAUAUGCUGCUAGAAAUCCGAGAUCAGUAUAGUGAAACCUUGCUGAAGAAGUGGGCUGGCAUUUUCAGAAACAUUCUGGAUUCUGACAACUAUAGUCCCAUACCAGUAACAAGUGAAGAGAUGUACAAGAAGGUGGUAGGACAGUUCCCAUUCCAAGACACAGAGCUGGAAAAGCAGCCAUUUCCAAAAAAGUUUCCUUUCUCUGAAUUUGUGCCAAAAGUUUACAACCAAAUUAAAGAAUUUAUUUAUGCUUGCCUGAAGUUUUCAGAAGAUCUUCACCUAAGUUCAACGGAAAUUGAUGACAUGAUUCGUAAAUCUACAAACCUGUUGCUCACCAGAACUCUGAGCAACUCUCUGCAGAAUGUGAUUAAAAGGAAGAAUAUUGGCCUUACUGAGCUUGUCCAGAUUAUUAUCAACACAACACACUUGGAGAAAUCCUGUAAGUAUUUGGAAGAAUUCAUCACCAAUAUCACUAAUGUCCUUCCAGAGACAGUCCACACCACCAAACUCUAUGGCACCACAACGUUCAAGGAUGCUAGACAUGCAGCUGAAGAAGAGAUUUAUACCAACUUAAACCAGAAAAUUGACCAGUUCUUACAAUUGGCAGACUACGACUGGAUGACGGGAGAUUUAGGCAACAAAGCUAGUGAUUACCUGGUAGACCUCAUUGCCUUUCUGCGUAGCACCUUUGCUGUAUUUACACACCUUCCUGGCAAGGUGGCUCAGACAGCAUGUAUGUCAGCUUGCAAGCAUUUAGCCACAUCCUUGAUGCAGCUUUUGCUGGAAGCCGAAGUCAGGCAGCUCACCUUGGGAGCAUUACAGCAGUUCAACUUGGAUGUCAGAGAAUGCGAACAGUUUGCCAGAUCCGGCCCGGUGCCUGGGUUCCAGGAGGACACGCUGCAGUUGGCCUUCAUCGACUUGAGACAACUUCUGGAUCUGUUCAUCCAGUGGGAUUGGUCAACCUAUCUUGCAGACUAUGGUCAACCCAACUGCAAAUACCUCCGGGUAAACCCAGUGACCGCCCUAACACUGCUUGAGAAGAUAUCUAGAGAGAUGAAGGAUACCAGUCGCAAGAACAACAUGUUUGCACAAUUUCGGAAAAAUGAGCGUGACAAGCAGAAACUGAUUGACACCGUGGCCAAGCAGCUCCGAGGACUCAUUAGCAGCCACCACUCGUGAAGGCCCGCCUGGAACCUGCCCGGGCUGCUUGCUGCAGCCCUACAGUCUGGGCUUCAGCCUGGCUGGCCUGCAUUUGUGCAUUCUUCCUCAAAGAGAGCAUAUGUAUUUUUUUAUUAACUCCUGUACAGUAUUCACAUAACCUUUCCCUAUAGUAAGAGGCACAAGAACAAGCAAGUACGUGAGUCGUGUGCUAGACCGGGACUCAGGGGAAGUUAUUACUGUGCUCUCCGUAUUAUUAUUCUGGCGAUGGGACAGGGUCAUUAAUCCCUGGUGCUGAACUGCCUGUUACCCGUAAUGUUUAGAUCUGGGCUCAGGAACUACACAAACUGGGUGCUUGACACUGAGAGGCAAAGUCAGUAAGCCAAGAAGAGGGCACCCCAUGUACCACACAGAUAAAGCUGCUGCUGCCUGACCCCACAGCGGGCCUCGCAGAUUACUGCGUCACACACUGAAGGCCAGCACACUGUGCUAGAGGCUCGUCUCCCUAGUCUGUUGACUUCCCUGGGCCGGGGAGCAAGCACAGCUUGUAGCCAGAACACAACUUCACUCCACCAGCCCCAGGGAUCCACUACCACCCGGGGAGGGCAGUUUUGGUAGCCUAGAUCUAUCUCAAGUCUGUUAUUCUUCUGGGUGAAGUUGAAUGGGCCAGCAUCAGGGGUGAGUUCCAUGGUCACUGGAAUGCUGGGCCUCAGCCCUGGGAGUUUUCCUCUAUCUUGAAAGCCAAUUUGAUGGAAUCAGAGCCCCAGUCUCCUUUCCCAUUCAUCUCAUCUCCAUCUUUCACAGCCGGAGUGCAGGGCCCAGGGCAGAGCUCGGCAAGUGGGACCUGCAUGUGUGCACUGAGAGCCCCAGACUUGACCUCCUGCAGCCACUGAGAGAAGUGCCACUGAGCAGGGUCAGCUCUCAGGGACCUGAAAAUACUCCUCCUUUAUCCUCACUUUCAUCCUCAGAUGAAACCUGAGGAUUACUUGAGAUUGUUCCUCUGUGCUUUAAAACCAGUUUUCUGGUCACUGUCUUUCAAAAAUCUGUCAUCAGCUAUGCACUGUGGUGAUAGCCAUGGUCAGACUAGAUACUUGUAGGGCCAGAGCCACUGUCACCAUGAAGUAACAGGCCAAACCAUGGCUCCUGACUUUUUGCCUCUAAUGCAGCUGACCCCACUAAGUUAUAUGUUACGUAGGAAGUUCAUCUUGCUCAAGCCCAAGGCUUUUGUCCUCUUUUGAGACCCUCCUGACCAUCUCUUGGCCUCUCCUGAGAAGGAUUGCCUUUAAAUACGUCCCCUAGAAACUGGGGCCUGAACCAGCUUAGCUUAGGAGCUGUGUCCAUCGUUCCAAACAUUGUUCUAAGACUUAAUAUAAGUAAGAAUUUUGCAUUGAGGCCAAUCAGCAGAACCUGCACUUUACGACACUCCAGAACGAUGCUACCAAUGGCUGUUGGCAAGAGUAUAAUUGUGCAUCACCAAACAAUGACAAAUAAG